AUGGUACGUACCAUUGGGGGAAGAGAGGUGAAGUUCACGAAGGACGACCUCAGGUCUUUGGCUAACAAGACAAGCGGUAUUCAAACGGCCAACACGUCCCACUGUGCUGCCCGGAAAGGGUUUAUCGCCAAGUUAAGACGAAAUCUGCCGCUGGACCAGUGGCCAGCAGAUGUUGUCUGCUACGCAGGCAUCACACAGCUGCAAGUUGACUUGCACGUGAUCCUCCUUGUGUGGGAUACGAAUGCGAUGCCCAAGCUUGAUACAUCGGACCUUCCGCUGAACGUAUCGGUGAUCCAUGCUCCGAAGAGCCGGAAGAUCGAUGCGUGGCUGAAACAUCUGACCGCGACGGCACUAUCCACCUACGACUAUCUCUGGCUGGCAGACGGAGAUGUGUCAGUGUCGGCAGCGAACUGGUUUGCUUUUUGGGCGAAUAUGCUGUAUCUCGUCGUGGCUUUUAUUUGGGUGGUUGUCAAAAGUAUGGUCCCAUUUUUGGUACCCUAA